AGGCGAAUGUCACAAGCCAAACAUAAUUAAACAUGGCGCAUUGGUUCCAUAGAAAUCCACUUAAAGCAACUUCUCGGGUCUCGUUUGAGCUCCGGCAAGUCGCAUCAACGACGUCAUGUCGUCAGUUAUGCAGUGAUUUGGAACGGUCAAGAAACAAGCUUCUUGAUAUUCUAGCAGAUCCAAAUAUAGAGAUAGCAACACUAGAAGAAGCUUCAAAGUACUACCUCUCGUUACUCCAUGGACUGGUCAAGCCAGUUGGAGAGGAGACCACAGAGGACAGCAAACUGAGACAUGCUGUCAAAUUUAGAUGGACAAAUACUUUAUGUGGCGGCAUACCAUGUGAACACCAUGAUUCCGUUUACGAAGUCUACUGUAUUGUCUUUGAUAUGGGACUGUGGUACACGAAGCAUGCUGCAAAGAUAGCAGCUGCUUCUGAGAAAACCUCCGAAGAAGAAGCAAAGGAAGUUCACAAAUGUCUUCGAACAGCUGCAGGAUUGUUUGAUUUUGCAAAGAACCUCAUCGCCAAGCUUCUUGAAGCUGGAGACAAAAGCCACGACACAGAUACUCGUGUUGUUGAAGCGUACAUUCUACAAUGCAAGGCAGAGGCACAAGAAGUGGCCAUUGCUCGAGCUAUUGAGAGGGAGCUCAGUCUGAGUUUAAGAUCAUCCCUUGCCUUGGAGACGGCCAGAACAUUUGAAGCAGCAGACUUGGCACUGGUUUCACAGGAUGAGAAGAUUGUUCUAAAGUGGAGGAAGUAUUUUCAACUCAAGCAUGCGUUUUACAUGGCAUACGCAUAUACCUAUCAUGGCGAGAUGCUUUUGAAAGAGGAUAAGUGUGGAGAAGCCAUCAGAAGUGUUCAAGAGAGUGUCAAAUAUAUUGAUAAAGCUGAUGCUGCCGGUAAAGAGUAUGCUAACGCCAAGGGUCCAGGUACGACAUGUAAACCUUGGGAGCAUGCAUUCUUUCGAAAGCUCCGACCUGAUGUGGGUAGAACCUUAGAAAAGUGCGAGAGAGAAAAUGGAUUCAUUUAUCAUCAGAAGGUGCCUGCAGAGAUCCCCGAGCUGGAGUUGAAGGCCGAGUAUGGUCUCGCUAAACCUGAACCUUUCGUGCAACCAGAGCCUCAUAAGAGCUGGACGAAGACAGUAUAUGAUCAGUUUGACAUCACGAAGAAUGAUCACCUUGGUGAACAGGACCCCAAGAAGAAGAAAGAGCAGGAAGGAGAUAUACCCGCUGUGAAAGAAGCAGACAUACCCCAGAAAAACACCACCUCCUGUGUCAUCUCAUAAACAUUAUAAACACUUAUCGCACAAUCCACAAUUUUAGACACUAUCAUUUAGAUCUGCAACUUUGGGCUGUGGAAUGUAAAUUCUUCAUUUUCCAAUUGGGUUGUUUUCAUGCAGCUUGGACAGCGGUUUUGUGUUCAGUGGAUGUCCCUUUGAUUGACAUAACCACCAAAGCUAUUUUAUUGUUAGAUAUGCGAUUGUGGUCUGUGCUCUUUCUAGGUCUGUGGAAGGUAGACUGAAUUGGUAGCUAUGAUGGGAUUUUUGGGGGCUCUCCAUGAAACAUCCGAAGUUUGGUUGCUGAUUCCUUUAGUUGACUUAUCCAGUUGUUAUGGUAGCCAUUCUUGCUUUGUGAUACUCUGUGAUCUGAAAGUAGACUCACUCUUUUGGCCAACAUUUCAGACAUUCUGUAAGGGUUGCAUACUAUAUGUAUGACCAAACUGGAAUCUACAGUACAUGUAACCUCUGAUCACUGUAUAAGAAAAUGAUGACAGCCAUUUAUCUAAAUGUGUUUUCUUCAAGAUUCUUGAAGAAAAAUUAUCAACUGUUACUGUGUGCUACAAGUGAAUGUGAUUCAAAAUAUUGUAAAUAUUGUAAACGAAAUACUAUGUAUUAUUACAAUGUUAUUGUUAAUGUAAAUAUCUCAAAUGCUUGUUUUGGUGUCAUCCCUGAAGUGCAAUGUAAAUGAUUUGGUCUCUUUAUGACAUUGGUACAACUUAUUCAUGUAGUUCAAGGAUGUCUCCUUUUCUAUGCUGUACAUACUGGCAACAUAUUUUGACUUUUGUCUGGUUGGCUGUUUCACUGUGUGAUUCAUAUUACUUUACAUGCUUUAGGCACAUCAAAUGUCUGUGUGUUUACAUUUUGGUUACAUGUUGUGCCCAGGUGAUGAAACACAUGAUUGAACUCGGUCAAGGCACACUUGGAGGGGAGUUUGACCUGAGUAGAAAAUGUGCCAAAUGUCAAUUUACAGAGUCUGCCGAAAAAGGGACUUCAGUUAACACACAGUGAAAGGGUUAAUCAAACAUGCCUAUUUAUUGAAAAUGUGUGGUACUGAAACAUGCACUUCAGCUGUGAAUAAUGCUUGGUGUUGCUAUAAAAUCUCAUUUGUUUGUACAUACUCUGGAAUCUGUCUCUCUUUUAAAACUGACACUACUAUGUAUAUGAGAGGUGUUCUGAUUAGAGAGGUCAAAUUGAACAUAAACAACCAAUUUGGAUCCAAAACUAGUGUCCUUGAUAGAGAGGUGUCCGCUAAGGGAGGUUCAUCAUAUUGCUGAUGUGUGUCACAGUAUUAUUUUUCCCCCAGAAAUAAUGGAUUUAAAAUACAUAUGUAUGGCAUCACGCGGCCCUACUAUCUCAGCUAUUUGCAGUGUAAUUUAUCAUCAGAUACCCAAACAAAUGUUUCACCGGUACACCAGUAUAUAACGUAUGGUUUAUUGUGUAGAUUGUUAAAGUCUCUGGAGCCUUUGUAAUUAUAAAAGUUGUAAAUGUCAA